AUGGUUGGACCUCCGAAAGGAGAAGGCUCAAUGCCCUUACCGCACAUCAGCGGCUUCUCCGAGAAAUGGUGGUUCUCGCACAAGCUCCCGGCCGAGAGGGAACACCUCAUGUCCAAAAUGCUCGGCAACAAGCGAUACCAAAAGGGCAACCGGGCCGCACGUUCCUACGCCAACCUCGUGGUGCUCUUCCGAAUGAUGCUCUUCUACAAGCCGCUCCGGCACCACGCCAAUGAGGCCUUCGUCCGCGGCAUCGCCGACUUUUACGCCGACGCGCGCUACGCUGCCCUCGGCGCGAGCGAACAGCGAAUCUGCCUGCUUGUGCGCCUCGUCGACGAGUGGCUGCUGAUCCGCCCGCUGCCCGAGAUUGGGUACACGGAGGAAGUCGAGCUAACCGAGAUCCAGGCCACUCGCUCGGCAUGGUUCAAGGUCCGCGACUACCACGUCGACGUGCUCAUGAACUCGAGCCUCCCGGCCUGCCUCGCGGGUGUCGAGCUGCCCGCCAAGGCUGUGACCUCUCUCUGGGAAGUCGACCCAGAAUUGGUUGCAAUAAUGAAGGAAGUGAGGAUGACUCGCAAGCCCAAAAGGUCUACCAACCGGGUCGGCGGCGGGUCUAAGCUGCCUGUCAUCCAGGCCCAGCUUCCGGCUGGCCCCAAACUGCCGGCAGAGCCGAGGCAAAAGGCCUCCUCCUUGUCUGAAGGAGAUAUCGACGAGCGGGAGUCUGCGCUCACAAGCAACGUUUCCACCUUUGACGCGCGCUGCUUCACGCCGAUUAUGAGUGUCAUCCAGGCCGGAUUACCGUGGCACCCUUCGGCGGACCAAGCGCGCAAGCGAAGCCAGACCGUCGACGGCGUCCUGGAGGACUACUACGCAGCUGAGAGCUCUAGCGCCUUUGAUUUGAUCGACUUGACAUCUCCCGUGCUGCCCAGUUCCCCGCCUGCCCGCGAGCCCAUCCCACCACCGCCGCCGCCGCUGCAGCAGCAGAACUUGCCCAAGCUCUCGCCGGUUCUCGUACAGUCCAAGCUUACUCAAUUCGCCAGUAAAAUCCCGGCCAACGACUCAUCCUCCACUAUCGCCUCCUCCGCCGUCGCCUCCUCCGCCGUCGCCUCCUCCGCCGUCGCUUCCUCCACCGUCACCACCACUGUCGGGGCCUGGGAGGAUCGUCGCCGGGACCUUAGCACGGAGUUGCAUCGCAUCGCAUGGCAGACACGCCGUUGGCAAGCCGAUAUGCGCGCGCGCGUCGAGGCGGAGACGACGGGAUGCGUUCCGACAGCGCUCCACGGGCCGGGGGUCGACGCCACCGGAGGUCACUUGGACGCUGCCGAGAGGGAGCUGUACGAGUCGCGACUGCGAGAGAUCGAGACACGCGUAGUAGCGCUGGAGACGGCGCACCGCGACGAGGUGGCCUGGUCGCGCGCGAUGGGACGGUUCUUGUAUGACGCCAACGACAGAUCUGUCAGGGCCCUGCAGGACGCGUUUUUGGCUAUUGAUACCCUACAGAGGGCGUCAUCGGCCUUGCUUGAUGAAGGGAAGAGGCGCUAG